AAGAUCCGUUAUGGCAGACACUGACGGAGUCAACAAGAAACAUGUUUCGCAAAAGCACCCGUUACUGGCAAAAUCUCUGAUAGAUUCCUCUGAACCAGAACCAACUUCGAGGGUGUUAGUUAUCUAUACUGGUGGAACUAUUGGGAUGAAAACAAAUGACAGCGGAGUGUAUGAACCAAAAGAAGACUUUCUUGUCAAUAAGCUGAGGACACUCCCAAUGUUCCAUGACAAUGCCUAUGCUGAUGAAAAUUUAGGAGAAGAUGAAGGAGAUUUUCUCAUCAUGCCUCAUGGACUGAUGUAUGGAGAAAUGGAGGACCUAAAUAGUCACCAGAGAGGGAGAAGAGUGAUGUACAGAAUAUUGGAAUAUAAACCACUACUGGACUCUAGCAACAUGAUGAUGACCGACUGGGGGAAGAUUGCCUCAGACAUUCAUGAACAUUAUGACUGUUAUGAUGGAUUUGUUGUGCUACAUGGGACUGAUACAAUGGCAUACACAGCCUCAGCUUUGUCUUUCAUGUGUGAGAACCUUGGCAAGCCUAUCAUACUUACAGGAUCUCAGAUUCCCAUUUUUGAAGUCAGAAGUGAUGGAAGGGACAACUUUUUAUCUUCCCUUAUAUUUGCUGGAUUGUACACUAUACCAGAGGUUUUGGUGUGUUUUGACAACAAGAUCCUGCGAGGAAAUAGAACAAUAAAAAAUGAUGCGGGAAGCUUUGCAGCAUUUAUAUCUCCAAAUCUGCCGCCUAUAGCCACAUUAGAGAUUCAUAUUCAAGUGGAUUGGUCUGCAGUGUUCAGAAGUACAGGGACAGAGAAGUUUCGAGUCCACACCAACAUGUGUCAGAACGUCGGACUGCUGCGAAUGUUUCCCGGCAUUACAACUCAAACUGUCCGUGCAUUCCUUCAGCCCCCAAUGCAAGGAGUUGUCUUACAGACAUAUGGAGCAGGAAAUGCCCCUGACAAUAGACCUGACUUACUCUCAGUCCUAAAAGAGGCCUCCAACAUAGGUGUAAUAAUCCUUAAUAUAACUCAGUGCACCAAGGGUUGUGUGAUGACUUCAUAUGCUACAGGAAAGGCUUUAGAGGAUGCUGGUGUUAUUUGUGGGGGAGACAUGACCCCCGAGGCUGCAUUGACCAAACUGAGUUAUGUCCUGAGUAAAGAGACAUGGACACUAGAUAAAAAACGUAAAUUUGUAAAGAGGAAUCUCCGUGGGGAAUUGACAGUUGUAGCCAAAGAGAACAUCACUAUUCUGGACUUUGAGUUAAUUGAGAGUGUGGCCCGGGCACUAAGUGUCAGUAGUACUGAGGAAGUGAAGAAAUUGAGGGAUGCAUUAUAUCCCAGCUUGAUGUGUGCAGCUGCCCAAACUGGUGAUAAUCAGGCUCUUGAAAAAUUACGGGAGUUGGGAGGUAACUUGUCCUCGCACAAUCAAGAUGGUAGAACAGCCUUGCAUGUAGCCAGUCGAGAAGGUCAUGUGAGUACUGUUCAGUACUUGCUGCAUCAGGGAGCCUCUGUACAUCUAAAAGACUCCAAUGGUUUCACUCCUCUUCAUGACGCCAUAAUGAGAAAGCACAUCAGUAUUAUUAGACUGCUGGUAAAAACAGGAGCCAUAUUGACUUUGAAGCCUAUAGCUCUAGCCAUGGAGCUUUGCUGUGCUGCUGCAUCAGAGGAUAUAGAAACACUGCAGGCUUAUCGAACUGCGGGGGCAAACUUAAACGAAUGUGACUAUGACAAAAGGACCCCACUCCAUGUUGCUGUAGAUACUGGAUGCGAGCGUUCCGUGCACUUUCUGUUAGAUAAUGGAGCUAGCUGGAGUUUGGAGGACAUAUUUGGAAACACAGCUAUUGACUGUGCCAAGAAAAGGAAUUUUACAGAAAUCAUUGAACUUAUUGAAGCAAAACAACGAGAACUCUCUGUUAAUGAAAAUGGGACACAAUAACAACAGGAGACUGUUUCCUCAUUGUUACUUCUUUCCUAUUGACCAGUAUAAUGUUUUUACAUGACUUUUAAGUGCUAAUUCAUACAUGUAUUAGAAUAUGCAGUGGUUGUGCAUUGAAAAUUCCCAUCAAAAAGUCCAUUUGAAUGUGUGUCAGGGUAUGUGUAAUUAUGUCAGUAAUAUAUUGUAUGCAAGGAAUUGACAUCGAAUUGAAACUUUUAUCUUUCAUUAAUUCAUUAUAUUUAUUUCCAUUAACCGGUAUAUUUUGCAGUUUGUUUAUAUCUUCAAAAGAUGUCCAUUUUAUUUGUGUUUUUAUUUGAUGAGUAUAGUGCUUUUUGCAAUUCUUUUUAAGAGACGGAGGCUUAAUCUCAUAGUAACCUGUGCCAAUUAACCUUUUAUUUAGUAGUUUGUAUUUACAUUUAUUUCAUUACUCAG